AUUGCAUUAGUUUAUAUUUAUCUUAUUAUAUUAUAAGGUUGUUAGUAAACAUUAAUGGCAUGUGUUACUUUGCGGUUUACACAGAUGUUAAUAUUACGAGUUCCAUGAAGUUUGUGAAGAAAUCAAUAUGGCCCUCAAACUGGGAAAAUGCAGGCUCUGUUUGAAAUUAGGCGACUUUUAUUCUAUUUUCACCGUCGACAAUGCCGUGCAACUCGCAGAGAUGGUUAUGGAUUGUGCCCGGGUGAAGAUAUACGAAGGAGAUGGGCUGCCUGAUAAAAUAUGUUCCGAGUGUGUACAGAAGCUGAGUAGCGCCUACAUCUUUAAACAGCAGUGUGAGAGGUCAGAUCAGGAGUUACGGCGGAACUAUAUACCGCCACCAGGUUUUACCUCUACUCCACAACCUCCCAACAGACAAAGCAGCGAUUCGGCUUUCUCCACUCACACAGACAUAUCUAAUCAGACUAAACCAUCAUCGUCCACUGAAGGCGUCACAACACCUGCCAAACGGAGCCGAAAGCGAAGUCGUGAGAGCGUAGAUAAUACCUCGGUCAGUAGUCGCUCGCACGACUACGCACCAGCCGUCAAACGUGUCUCGGAACUCAGGAGGUCGCAGAAACGUCGCCGUGCCGAUACUAGCAAUAACUCUUUCGUGGACUCUGAUUACGAUGACCACAGUUUUUCUCAAUUCUCCGGUGGCGAAACCGAUUCUGAUGAACCGCUCCUUAAAAAUGAACAUAAAUGCAAGGAGUGUGGUAAAGCUUUUACCACUUAUAAAGGUCUCUCGAACCACGAGAGGAUUCAUUCAUCGAAAAAAGAAAAGUUAGCUCAAAACCAAGUAGUGAAUAUCCCAAAGAAAAACGACGUUACAAAAGAUGCUACAGAUGAUGAUAACAAGUUGAGCUGUGAAAAAUGUGGAAAGACAUUCAAGCUAAAGAUUAUGUUGAAGAGACAUCAUGAUGUAUGCGGAACCACACCUCAAGUAUCUCCACAGAAAGAGUUGCUCAUAUCAUUAGAGCCAAUAGACGCGAAACCCCAAACGAUAGACAAAAUAGACUGCGAAAUAUGCACGGCGAAAUUCAAAACCAUUGAUUAUUUAGAGAAACACAUGCGAGUAGUUCACGCUGCGAUUCCCAAGAAGAACAAAGGAAAACAGGUCACACAAAAUGGGAAUACGGUAAUUCCUUGCUUAUACUGUCGGAAAGAGUUUGACGAUUAUAACACGCAUAAUGCCCAUUUUAAUGCUUGCCCGGAAAAGGUCGACAUGGCUAUUUUUGAAUGUCCAGCUUGCACAAAAGUAACAUAUAAAAGGAGUGCAUACUUUCUACAUCUACGAAAUAUACAUUUUAUUUAUCAAAAUUUGGAAAAAAAUCCUUCGCUCGAGGUGUCGUCGCCCCAGGGGUCGUUCGAAUGUCGUGUAUGCAGCAAGCGGUUACCGACGCAAGAUCAGCUAAUAGCCCAUCUUGCUGAGCAUAUGUCCCACGCCGAGGACCCCGAUACAGCAGAUGUCGAAUUAGUGAAUGACGACGAAUCCAGGUAUCUUUUAUAUGUGCGCCGUUGAUGUACUAUAGUUUAGUUCUAAAUAUGCUUAUCGAUAUAUUUCAUUUCAGAGCCAGCACGAUUGACGAUUCAAUAUCGGUCGUCUCAGACUACAGUAGUUCGCAUGUUUCUUCAGGCCCUUUGAAAUGUCGCAUGUGUGAUAAGAGAUUUAAGUACAAGAAAGCAUUAGAGACCCAUGAACAAAGGCAUAUGGAGUCGGACGUCAAAACUGAACCUCCAGAUAAGAGUCAGACCAGUCUGUUGUGCGAAACGAGCGGUCCACGAGCCGAAUUAGAAACAGAGUCUAGUCAAGAGGAAGGAGACGACAACACUUGUGACAUAUGUGAGAAGCAGUUUUCUUACAAACGUUUACUCAUUCAACACAAACGGACUAAACAUAACCAAUGUUCGGGAACGAAACGCGCUAAGAUCAAUUUGAAAGAUUGUUCCGUGCGGUGUCUGAUUUGCGAUAUAGAGAUGAAAGUGAGCGCUAUAAAUGAGCACAACCAAAAACAUAUAUCUGUCAACAUGAAACCGAGAAACCUGUACAGUUGUGCACUGUGCGAAGAAACAUUCAAGAGCUGCAGCGCAUUGGCUAACCACAUAAAGUUCGUUCAUCGGCUGAAGCAACCACCGAAACCGAAAACACCAAAAAUGUUGGAGGGUGGAUCCGAGCUGGCGGAUUUUUGUGAAGUCGUUGUGACAAAAGCGGAACCCCUGGACGCGCUCCAGAGUCACAACGACUUUGGUGAGGUUCCGGGCAACACUGGGGCACCGCUCGUCAACAUGAGCGGUUUCACUUGUCCGAUAUGUCAGAAGAAAAUGCCGACCUUGAUAUCCCUCAAAAGACACGUCAACUGGCACUCGAACGUUGGCAAUAAUAUCGAAAAAAAGAUCGAGUGUUUCGUAUGCAAAGAGUCGUUCCGGUUCCAAUGCCAUUACAAGCUGCACAUGCGCGAACAUUACCGCGACACGAACCUGGAUCCGCAGCACCUCACGUGCGCCAUCUGUGGCCGCAAGAGCAAACACCUCCGCGCCGCGCAGGCUCACAUGAACUUCCACAAGCAGACCCGCUUCAAGACCAAGGACUACCAAUGCUCCAUUUGCAAACGGGUGUUCCAGUUUCGAAAAGUCUAUUUGUCGCAUAUGGUGAUACAUCUGAAACGUGGCGAAAGUGUGCAGAACACGAUCGUGGGCGAUGCGCUUCCCAACUCCGUGGAUAAAACCGUUUUCGAUGGAACCCACACCUGUCACCUCUGUGGGAAGGUGUGUGACUCCGAAAAUUCGCUGAAAUGCCACGUUAGGUGGCAUAACUCCAAGUCUUCACUUUACGGAGCUAGACACGAAUGCCACAUAUGUGGAUUGGUAUUCACGAAUAAAAGAAGAUUAGAGAUUCACACGAGAAGUCAUUACGAAGAUGAUAACGGCCCCUUCAAAUGCACUAUAUGCGGCAAAGGCUUUAUCGAUGAGGAAUAUUUCCGUAGACACGUUAAAGGCCAUAAUUUCGAUCACCAGUCGCAUAAAGAUAGAAUAGAAAAGUUGCGAAAGGACAAAAUCAAAUGUCCGAUAUGCACCCGUUUUUACCCUGACUUGGUGAGACUGAUUCGUCACUUGAGAAGAACUCACCCUGAGAGCAAGAUGAUCAAAACCGAUCCAGACGCUCCUCCGCCGAGCUACUAUUCGUGUAAAUUGUGCGCUAAAGUGUUCCUAGACGAAAGGCGACUACAAAAUCACGAGGAAGCACAUCUUAGGAAACCUCUAUUCUUUAAAUGCAAAUUUUGUGGGAAGAACACGAUAUCGAUGAAAAACCACAAUGUACAUAUUAAAGCUCAUUUAACAAGGAAUUACUCUGAUAAUCCUUUGAAGUGUACGCAAUGUGACGAGACUUUUGUAAAAGGAUAUGAUUUGCAUCACCAUUUGCGCGAUGUCCACAAUAUCAUAGAAAAUUGGAUAGCAGAGCGCACCGAGCAAACAUUAGAAGGUCCACUUAAGGAAUUGCAAUGUGCUCUCUGCUUAAAGGUGUUAGCCAGUAAGGGCAAUUACGAGAGACACAUCGAUUACCACAACACUUUGAGAUGCAAUUAUUGUUUUGAUUACUUCAGCACUCUAAGAUUCUUGGAAGGUCAUUUGGCAUUCCACUGUGAUAAGAAGAAAUUAAUCGGAGACACUGAGAUAUAUCCUAAAAAAAUUAAAUGCAACAUCUGUUAUAAAGCCUUUCAUUUGCAGGUGAAGUUAGAUUGCCAUCUUCGAAUUAAACACGACAUUAAAGAUUUCAAGAAAGUAUCUUCCGAUAAAAAGGAGACUGUCUGCGAUUACUGUUUUAGAGUUUUUGAAAACGAGGAAGCUUUAACGUCUCACAAAAUUUACCACCGCACUAUCGGUUAUUAUGGCUGUAUAUACUGCAAGAGGAAAUUCAACACUCUCACUCUUUAUAGAAAGCACAAGAAUCACCACUUUUCACAGUUGAAUGUCGACAAUCCGACUAAGUGCGAACACUGCGACGAAACAUUUGUCGCUUUUAGAGAGAUGAUUUAUCACAUGAGGGACGUUCACGGCGACGACAAAGAGUGGAUCGUCAUGCCAAAAGAUUCAAUCGAGGAAACUUGCCACAUAUGCAACAAAACCUUUUUCAACCUUCACAGGCAUUUGGAUUACCACGAAGAGAACAGAUGCAAGAAAUGCGCAGAAUACUUUUUCUCUAGAAACGAUUACGAUAAUCAUCUUUGUGCCAUUGAGAGUGAUGACGAGAACCUACAGACUAACGGCAACAGUUGUACGCCCGCUUACGAAGAGUGCCGAUUCUGCUUCAAGCCGGUCACCAGGAGCAACUCGAAGAAACUGCACGAUAACAUUCACAAGACAUCCGGGGCGAUAUCGUGCCGUUUCUGCGAUCUUAAAUUCAAAACUAUGGACGCGUUUAACAUUCACGCGUUCUCGCAUAGAAGCAGGAAAUAUAACAAGAGGCCUAUAAAAUGUAGGAAGUGCGGUGAGAAGUUUGUGAAAUACGGUCCCUUCAUAAAACAUAUGAAAUACGUGCACAAAUCGACAAAGAAGGUUCAUUAUCGGGCUAUCGUGAAGCCGGAGAGAUGCGUGGUGUGCGGAGACGAGUUCCCCAAUCUGCACAACCACUAUCGGGCGCAUCUGCAGAACCAGUGCCAACAGUGUAACAAAUAUUUUACAUCUGCGAAAGUGUUCUCGAUGCACAAAUGUGACCAAGACGAUUCGGAUCCGUCUAAAGUGUUUGUUUGCGACGAAAACCUGCUAGCACUGAUCAACACUUACAUACCGAAGGAUUUGAAAGAUGACGAAAAGUAUUACGGACGCAGCGACGACGAGGACGAGGAAGUGGAAGACGAACCUGCGCCUGUAGCGUCCCGCGAGAAAAGUAGUAACAAAAGACCGAAGCAGUCUAAACCGCCCGAACUCAGCCAGGACGAGAAGGAGUUGCAUUCUAUGGUCUCGUCUCCGAUAAUAUCGGAUGUAUUAUCACUCUACCAAGAUAAAGAAAUAGCUGAUACAAAAAAUAUCGUCGAAGAUAAAGAUAUUGUAACGUUAAUAGAUGACGAUUCUAUGGAUAUUGAUGUUAGUAUACCGGUGAUUACGAUAGAUUAAAUAAAAUUAUGCAUGAGCGUACAUUAUGAUGGGGAGUUAUGAAUUUUUUUUUUUAGUUUAUAACGCUCUUGAAACUUGAUCUUGCUGGCUCUGCAUCCCUGUGAUAGAUAAGUCAAGGCAUUACUUGUUUAUAUUUAGUUCUACAAGAAUUAUUUGGUC